AUGUCGUGGGUAAGAGACUGGUCACAGGUGUGUUCAGACAAACCAAGGCUGUCUGAUCUUUCUGUUGGUAGCUGAAUGGCAAAUUGGCAAUAUAACACAAUAUUGUUGUGUACUGUUGGCUGCCCAUGAUGUUACUGUAGAGAUAUUAUAUAUGUUGAAGCUCCAUAAUCACCAUUAUGUUACAGUACUGUAUGUGUUAAUGUCAGAGAUCCGUUGAAACUCCAAACUGACCCUGUUUAUUGAUAUUCUGUCCAACAUCUGGGUCUGAUGGCCACUGACCAAUGACAUAGUGACCCUAAUCACUGGUUUGUAAACCACAUAAUUAUCUCCUAAAUCCCUCCCCUCAAUCUUUAAUGUCCACCGUUCAUUUAGUGCCAGGCAAGCGACAGUGUGGCAAAGCAAAGCAAUAAAUAGCGACAGUACAGUCUCUCACAUCUGGAAUAGAAAUGAAAUGAGGUCUACCAGUUAGAUUUCAAUUUGUCAUUUUUCCCUUUGGAGAGAUCCAUCCUCCCUCCACCAUCUUAGAUAAUUAUAGAGCACCACUCUACUCUGCUGCAAAUGAGGUCACAUUAGUUGAAAACUCAAUUAGUUCCAAAGAUAAGACAGUUUCGACAACUCUUAUGAUGAGGCGGCUGUUUGAAAAAUAAAACCUUGUAUUGAGCAGUGAAGGCUCAGUUGUAGUGGUGGUGGCAGAUAAGGUUUUCUUAGAAAUAGCACUGAAUGACACAAGGAUGCCAGAUAAUAAUAUGGCUAAAAAUGUAGAAAGCUAGUAGAGAGAAAGCGACUCGAUGGGUUGGUGAGAGACCAAGCUAAAUGAUGCUGCAUAAGUACAUCACAACAGUAAUGAGUGUCCACAAAUCGCUUUCCAUAGAACAGCAGGUUCUACAAGAGUUCUAAAUAUAUCUCCAUGUGUCUGGAUAACUCAGUAGCACUGUGGAAGAAUCAUGGCUAAUUAGCAGAACAUUCCCCUAUGGUGGCUAGAAUCCUUAUUGUCUCUGAAGAACUUCUCUCUGUGUCCAAUUUGCUUGAUUUAGCUGUCCAACUUGUUUGAAUGUGCGUAAUUAGCUAGUUCAUUUUCACACGUUUCUGCAUGUGUUGCCUCUCUCCUCUCUCUCGAGCUCUCUAGCAUCUAUAUCUAUCCCUCUAUCUAUCUCUCUGCUAGUUAUAUCUCUCAUCUGCUCGAGCGCAUCUAUCUAGAUCUUCUCUCUUCUCUCUCUCUCUCUCUCUCUUCUCUCUCUCUCUCUCUCUCUCUCUCUCUCUGUUCUGUUCGUGCCAUUUUAUAAUUGCAUGGCCAGUUAGUUUGUUUUCCGGAAUUCUCCACUUUAUUAUAAUUUAUGUCUUGCCACUCAUCGUCUGAUUCAUCUAAUCAUGGGAACAAAAGCUAACAAGGAGACACUCGGAGGGGUCAACAACACCAGGGCCAGGGAUGACACACGGAAUCACCAACAUUAUUCAUUAUUAUUAUCAUUAUAUUUAACCGUUUGAUAAUAUUUCUUAAUUAUAUUUAUACUGUAUGUACUCACAUGAUCUGUAUUGGAUUAUGUGUUAAUUGGGAGCAUUUGUUUUAAUUCACAUAAACAAUUCCAUCUGUACUGAUGCAAUGUUGUUCAUCAGUUGUAAUUUGCUAACGCUUACACACUGUUCCUGUUUGCUGUUUCCAGCUGUCAGCUGCCCUCUGUGUGUGUGUGCGUGUGGUGUGUGUGUGUGUGUUUGUUUUCGUCAUCAGCUGUUGCCUUUACAUCUCAGUGUCACAAUUGCUGUAAUGAACCACAUGUUUUAUAUCUUCAAUUAGCAAAAAAUGAGUUAUAUACUGAAUUAACACCAUACCACUGUUCUCUUGGUUAUGUUAUUAAAGACAAACAGACAAGACGAUGGCUUUGAUCCGUGUUGUUAUCUACAUGAUGAGAAAAUGAUAAUCCUUCACCUCAUAUCAUUCUCCCUCUGAGAAUCCUACUGUCCAGACAACUGAGACAUGCUCAGAAAAGCUAUUGUUCUGCUCUUCAGGUAGGUAGGUAGGUAGGUAUGUAGGUAGGUAGGUAGGUAGGUAGGUAGGUAGAUAGAUAGAUCCACCUUUUGCAGCAAUUACAGCUGCAAGUCUCUUGGGGUAUGUCUCUAUAAGCUUGGCACAUCUAGCCACUGGGAUUUUUGCCCAUUCUUCAAGGCCAAACUGCUCCAGCUCCUUCAAGUUGGAUGGGUUCCGCUGGUGUACAGCAAUCUUUAAGUCAUACCACAGAUUAUUCUCAAUUGGAUUGAGGUCCGGGCUUUGACUAAGCCAUUCCAAGACAUUUCAAUGUUUCCCCUUAAACCAAUCGAGUGUUGCUUUAGCAGUAUGCUUAGGGUCAAUGUCCUGCUUGAAGGUUUCCCUCAAGAAUUUCCCUGUAUUUAGCGCCAUUCAUCAUUCCUUCAAUUCUGACCAGUUUCCCAGUCUCUGCUGAUGAAAAACAUCCCCACAGUGAAGCAUGGUGGUGGCAGCAUCAUUCUGUGGGGAUGGUGUUCUCGGGGUGAUGAGAGGUGUUGGGUUUGCGCCAGAAAUAGCGUUUUCCUUGAGGGCCAAAAAGCUCAAUUUUAGUCUCAUCUGACCAGAGUACCUUCUUCCAUAUGUUUGGGGAGUCUCCCACAUGGCUUUUGGCGAACACCAAACGUGUUUGCUUAUUGUUUUCUUUAAGCAAUGGCUUUUUUCUGGCCACUCUUCCAUAAAGCCCAGCUCUGUGGAGUGUGCGGCUUAAAGUGGUCCUAUGGACAGAUACUCCAAUCUCUGCUGUGGAGCUUUGCAGCUCCUUCAGGGUUAUCUUUGGUCUCUUUGUUGCCUCUCUGAUUAAUGCCCUCCUUGCCUGGUCCGUGAGUUUUGGUUGGUGGCCCUCUCUUGGCAGGUUUGUUGUGGUGCCAUAUUCUUUCCAUUUUUUAUAAUGGAUUUAAUGGUGCUCCGUGGGAUGUUCAAAGUUUCUGAUAUUUUUUUAUAACCCAACCCUGAUCUGUACUUCUCCACAACUUUGUCCCUGACCUGUUUGGAGAGCUCCUUGGUGUUCAUGGUGCCACUUGCUUGGUGGUGCCCCUUGCUUAGUGGUGUUGCAGACUCUGGGGCCUUUCAGAACAGGUAUACAGUAAGGGAAAAAAGUAUUUGAUCCCCUGCUGAUUUUGUACGUUUGCCCACUGACAAAGAAAUGAUCAGUCUAUAAUGUUAAUGGUAGGUUUAUUUGAACAGUGAGAGACAGAAUAACAACAAAAAUAUCCAGAAAAAUGCAUGUCAAAAAUGUUAUAAAUUGAUUUGCAUUUUAAUGAGGGAAAUAAGUAUUUGACCCCCUCUCAAUCAGAAAGAUUUCUGGCUCCCAGUUGUCUUUUAUACAGGUAACGAGCUGAGAUUAGGAGCACACUCUUAAAGGGAGUGCUCCUAAUCUCAGCUUGUUACCUGUAUAAAAGACACCUGUCCACAGAAGCAAUCAAUCAAUCCGAUUCUAAACUCUCCACCAUGGCCAAGACCAAAGAGCUCUCCAAGGAUGUCAGGGACAAGAUUGUAGACCUACACAAGGCUGGAAUGGGCUACAAGACCAUCGCCAAGCAGCUUGGUGAGAAGGUGACAACAGUUGGUGCAAUUAUUCGCAAAUGGAAGAAACAUAAAAUAACUGUCAAUCUCCCUCGGCCUGGGGCUCCAUGCAAGAUCUCACCUUGUGGAGUUGCAUUGAUCAUGAGAAUGGUGAGGAAUCAGCCCAGAACUACACGGGAGGAUCUUGUCAAUGAUCUCAACGCAGCUGGGACCAUAGUCACCAAGAAAACAAUUGGUAACACACUACGCCGUGAAGGACUGAAAUCCUGCAGCGCCCGCAAGGUCCCCCUGCUCAAGAAAGCACAUAUACAGGGCCGUCUGAAGUUUGCCAAUGAACAUCUGAAUGAUUCAGAGAAGAACUGGGUGAAAGUGUUGUGGUCAGAUGAGACCAAAAUCGAGCUCUUUGGCAUCAACUCAACUUGCCGUGUUUGGAGGAGGAGGAAUGCUGCCUAUGACCCCAAGAACACCAUCCCCACCGUCAAAUAUGGAGGUGGAAACAUUAUGCUUUGGGAGUGUUUUUUCUGCUAAGGGGACAGGACAACUUCACUGCAUCAAAGGGACGAUGGACGGGGCCAUGUACCGUCAAACCUUGGGUGAGAACCUCCUUCCCUCAGCCAGGGCAUUGAAAAUGGGUCGUGGAUGGGUAGUCCAGCAUGACAAUGACCUAAAACCCACGGCCAAGGCAACAAAGGAGUGGCUCAAGAAGAAGCACAUUAAGGUCCUGGAGUGGCCUAGCCAGUCUCCAGACCUUAAUCCCAUAGAAAAUCUGUGGAGGGAGCUGAAGGUUCGAGUUGCCAAAUGUCAGCCUCGAAACCUUAAUGACUUGGAGAAGAUCUGCAAAGAGGAGUGGGACAAAAUCCCUUCUGAGAUGUGUGCAAACCUGGUGGCCAACUACAAGAAACGUCUGACCUCUGUGAUUGCCAACAAGGGUUUUGCCACCAAGUACUAAGUCAUGUUUUGAAGAGGGGUCAAAUAGUUAUUUCACUCAUUAAAAUGCAAAUCAAUUUAUAACAUUUUUGACAUGCGUUUCUCUGGAUUUUUUUGUUGUUAUUCUGUCUCUCACUGUUCACAUAAACCUACCAUUAAAAUUAUAGACUGAUCAUGUCUUUACAUUUACAUUUUUUUUUACAUUUUAGUCAUUUAGCAGACGCUCUUAACCAGAGCGACUUACAGGAGCAAUUAGGGUUAAGUGCCUUGCUCAAGGGCACAUUAACGUCAUUUAGCAGACGCUCUUAGCCAGAGCGACUCACAAAUUGGUGCGUUCACCCUAUAGCCAGUGGGAUAACCACUUUACAAAUUUGGGGGGGGGGGGGGGGGGGGGUUAGAAGGAAUACUUUAUCCUAUCCCAGGUAUUCCUUAAAGAGGUGGGGUUUCAAAUGUCUCCGGAAGGUGGUGAGUGACUCCGCUGUCCUGGCGUCGUGAGGGAGCUUGUUCCACCAUUGGGGUGCCAGAGCAGCGAACAGUUUUGACUGGGCUGAGCGGGAGCUAUGCUUCCGCAGAGGAAGGGGAGCCAGUAGGCCAGAGGUGGAUGAACGCAAUGUCCUCGUUUGGGUGUAGGGACUGAUCAGAGCCUGAAGGUACAGAGGUGCCGUUCCCCUCACUGCUCCAUAGGCAAGCACCAUGGUCUUUGUAGCGGAUGCGAGCUUCAACUGGAAGCCAGUGGAGUGUGCGGAGGAGGGGGGGUGACGUGAGAGGAACUUGGGAAGGUUGAACACCAGACGGGCUGCGGCAUUCUGGAUGAGUUGUAGGGGUUUAAUGGCACAGGCAGGGAGCCCAGCCAACAGCGAGUUUGCAGUAGUCCAGACGGGAGAUGACAAGUGCCUGGACCAGGACCUGCGCCACUUCCUGUGUAAGGCAGGGUCGCACUCUCCGAAUGUUGUAGAGCAUGAACCUGCAGGAGCGGGUCACCGCCUUGAUGUUGGCGGAGAACGACAGGGUGUUGUCCAGGGUCACGCCUAGGCUCUUCGCACUCUGGGAGGAGGACACAGCGGAGUUGUCAACCGUGAUGGCGAGAUCAUGGAACGGGCAGUCCUUCCCCGGGAGGAAGAGCAGCUCCGUCUUGCCAGGGUUCAGCUUGAGGUGGUGAUCCGUCAUCCAUACUGAUAUGUCUGCCAGACAUGCAGAGAUGCGAUUCGCCACCUGGUUAUCAGAAGGGGGAAAGGAGAAGAUUAGUUGUGUAUCGUCAGCGUAGCAAUGAUAGGAGAGACCAUGUGAGGAUAUGACAGAGCCAAGUGACUUGGUGUAUAGGGAGAAAAGGAGAGGGGCCCAGAACCGAUCCCUGGGGGGACACCAGUGGUGAGAGCACGUGGUGCGGAGACAGCUUCCCGCCACGCCACUUGGUAGGAGCGACCGGUCAGGUAGGACGCAAUCCAGGAGUGAGCCGUGCCGGAGAUGCCCAUCUCGGAGAGGGUGGAGAGGAGGAUCUGAUGGUUCACAGUAUCAAAGGCAGCAGACAGGUCUAGAAGGACAAGAGCAGAGGAGAGAGAGUUAGCUUUAGCAGUGCGGAGAGUCUCCGUGACACAGAGAAGAGCAGUCUCAGUUGAAUGACCAGUCCUGAAACCUGAUUGGUUUGGAUCAAGAAGGUCAUUCUGAGAGAGAUAGCAAGAGAGUUGGCUAAAGACGGCACGCUCAAUAGUUUUGGAAAGAAAAGAAAGAAGGGAUACUGGUCUGUAGUUUGUUGACAUCAGUGGGGUCGAGUGUUGGUUUUUUGAGAAGGGGAGCAACUCUCGCUCUCUUGAAGACGGAAGGGACAUGGCCAGCGGUCAAGGAUGAGUUGAUCAGCGAGGUGAGGUAGGGGAGAAGGUCACCGGAGAUGGUCUGGAGAAGGGAGGAGGGGAUGGGGUCAAGCGGGCAGGUUUGUUGGGCGGCCUGCAGUCACAAGUCGCAGGAUUUUAUCUGGGAGAGAGGGGAGAAGAAGAAGUCAAAAGCAUAGGGUAGGGCAGUGUGAGCAGGACCAGCAGUGUUAUUAGACUUGACAAACGAGGAUCGGAUGUCGUCAACCUUCUUUUCAAAGUGGUUGACGAAGUCAUCCACAGAGAGAGAGGAGGGGGGGGGGGGGGGAGGAGGAUUCAGGAGGGAGGAAAAGUGGCAAAGAGCUUCCUAGGGUUUAGAGGCAGAUGCUUGGAAUUAGAGUGAGUAGAAAGUGGCUUUAGCGAGCAGAAAACAGAGGAAGAAAUGUAGAGAGGAGGGAGUGAAAAGAUGCCAGGUCGGUAGGGAGGUUUUAGUUUUCUUCCAUUUCCGCUCCGCUGCCCGGAGCUCGUUCUGUGAGCUCGCAGUGAGUCAUCAAGCCACGGAGCUGGAGGGGAGGACCGAGCCGGCCGGGAGGAUAGGGGACACAGAGAGUCAAAGGAUGCAGAAAGGGAGGAGAGGAGGGUUGAGGAGGCAGAAUCAGGAGAUUGGAGGGAGAAGGAUUGAGCAGAGGGAAGAGAUGAUAGGAUGGAAGAGGAGAGAGUAGUGGGAGAGAGAGAGCGAAGGUUGCGGCGGCGCAUUACCAUCUGUUGUAGGGGCAGAUGUGAGUAGUGUGGGAGGAGAGCGAGAGAGAAAAGGAAACAAAGUAGUGGUCGGAGACUUGGAGGGGAGUUGCAGUGAGAUUAGUAGAGGAGCAGCAUCUAGUGAAGAUGAGGUCAAGCGUAUUGCCUGCCUUGUGAGUAGGGGGGGACGGUGAGAGGGUGAGGUCAAAAGAGGAGAGGAGUGGAAAGAAGGAGGCAGAGAGAAAUGAGUCAAACGUGGACAUAGGGAGGUUGAAAUCCCCCAAAACUGUGAGGGGUGAGCCAUCCUCAGGAAAGGAACUUAUCAAGGCGUCAAGCUCGUUGAUGAACUCUCCAAGGGAACCUUGGAGAGUUCUUUGUCAGUGGGCAAACGUACAAAAUCAGCAGGGGAUCAAAUACUUUUUUCCCUCACUGUAUAUAGACUGAGAUCAUGUGACAGAUCAUAUGACACUUAGAUUGCACACAGGUGGACUUUAUUUAACUAAUUAUGUGACUUCUGAAGGUAAUUGGUUGCACCAGAUCUUAUUUAGGGGCUUCAUAGCAAAGGGGGUGAAUACAUAUGCACACACCACUUUUCUGUUAUUUAUUUUUUUGAAUUGUUUGAAACAAGUAAUUUUUUUCAUUUCACUUCACCAAUUUGGACUAUUUUGUGUAUGUCCAUUACAUGAAAUCCAAGUAAAAAUCCAUUUAAAUUACAGGUUGUAAUGCAACAAAAUAGGAAAAACGCCAAGGGGGAUGAAUACUUUUGCAAGGCACUGAGGGAUGAUAGCGAGAAAGAGAGAGCAAGAGAGGGAGAGAGAGGUGAUAGAGUAAUACAGCAUAUUGCUUACUCCCACACCUUUGCUGUUGCUGUAUUGGUAUCUCAAGCUGCAGCAGAGUGAAUCCACACUGUAGCAAAUGACGCCACUGCACAGACGGCUGCCUCACUGACUGUCUCUAUAGAUAUAUCUCGCCCUCUUUCUCGCUAUCCAUCAAACCUUCCCUUCUCUUCUUUAUCCAUGGACUACAGCGACUAAAUGGAAAGACAGCGACUUUUUAGAAGAAGUGCGUUUGUUUUGUUUUUCGUCAAUCUAUGGAUUUCUAAGUAUGUUUUAUGAUGAUUCUCUUUCACCAAGUCAACAGUGAUUUGUAUUCAGCUGCAUGAAUUUUCUUCUCCAACCUGGAUGCUUUAUUCUCAGUUCUAGCUCUGACUUUUUCCUCUGAAUCUCAGACCAGGGCUUUGGUAUGUGUGGUGCGGUUUUGGGCACCAGAGUUGACACAGACUGCUGAGGUAUCUAGUAACACCUUCUGGUUCCCGGAGAUCUCUGGAGAUCUACAUAAUCUCUGUCUUCAUCAUCUCUGAUUCCUCUCUUACCUCUUGUUCUGGGCAGAGGUGACAGACUGUUGAGGGGUGACUUCUGAGGUCUACCUGGUGGUAGCCCCUUAGAUCCAGGGGGAACUCCACCACUCCACCUCUCCACCCCUCCACCCCUCCCCCUACUUUCCCUUCCUCUCACAUGCUGGUCCCUCUCUCACCAUGUUCACCAGGAUCUUCAUCCCCAAGAAGCACCGGCAGCGGUUUGACGAGGCCGUUUCCCAGAGCCUGAUCCAGAGGAUCUGUCGCAGUAAGAGCAUCAGCGUGCCGGGCCAGCAGGGCCGUCUGAGACGUAGCCGCAGCGAGGACCACCCCGACCGCCACCACGGCUCCAAACGGGCCAGCUCAGUACCCCGGGACCCCGUGGAGGACCGGAGGGGGAAAGGAGAGAGGAGAGAGGGGGUACAGGAAGUCUAUGUCGGGCAUACCUGUGCAUCAAUCAGGAGCCAAUCAGAGGUUAGUAUACAGUAUGGGGUAUUUAGCUAUGACUCCCACUCACCUGAGAGAGAGAGAAUAUUUAGAAUAUGCUGUUUGUGUGGUUGGAGCAGGAGAUUAUGGACAUAUAUUGGAUUAAAAAUUACUACUGAAUGACAUUUUAAAAAUAAAUGUUCCAACCCGCUGGGUAAUUUUCUAAAUGUUUAAAUGUGUUGUUUGUUGAUAGAUGAUUUGGAAGCACCUGAUACUGUUGAUUAGGGAACAGUUUCUGUUAACCAUUGAAUGAGUCUUAUUACUCACCUAAUAUUAUAACAACACACAACGAUUAUAGCUAUCAGUGUCCAACCGAUAAUACCUUGGAGGAAUUAAGAUUAUGACUCAGAAAGUCAGUAAACAGUCGAACCACACAGCAGGCUCAGCUCUAAGCCAUACAGUAGCUCACUCCAUUCCAGUUUUACAGAUAUACUUUGCAGUAGACUCAAGUCCAUGUUUUUAGCUCCUCUUCUGUGCUGUUUCUUGGGUUAUGGAAUGGUACUGAUGUAUAUAAAGGACAAAUGGUAGAUGAGGGGAGAGAUGAGAUCUGUUUCCUUCACCUUUUCUAUCCCACCAGUUUCUUGUCUCUAGUGCUUUGCAGUGCUGAGUCUACCCUUUGUGUCUCUGUACAUAUAGCACAGUACAGUACUCUAAAAACCCAUUUAAAAUGUUCUCAUCUGUCCCAAUAUUACAUAACAAGCAUAAAGACAAUCAAAGAACGGAUUUUACCGGUUUCCUCUCUUCUCCUUCUUCUGCUUUAUGGACCUCUGUUCAUAUCUUAUGAUGUUGCCUUGAGUAGUUUCCAUGGCAACUGUGAUAUCUCCAUCCCAGUCUUUGAUGGAAAUGCUUCUUAGUGGGAGCCAGGGAACAGAGGCAUCACUGUCUGAGCUGGAAAUUAUACCUGUUAUGUGGUAUUCCUACUGGACACACUAGCUACUGUUUCUUUUUUACUCAUUCACAUUCCUUUGUUGUUUUAUUUCUAGUUGGCGAGAUUCAAGUUACAUAACAGACAGUAUGAUGUGGGCAUGAUAAUAUGAAAUCCCUGUAGAAUUGUUAUUUACUGUUGAGAACGAUAGGCUAUUCUACGCACCCAGUAGUACUUGAUAAAUACAUUUGAAAGCGGUUGAAAGCCCAUUGAUAAAAUAUCAGUACACAACAAAGGUAGUAAUGUAAUUACAACUAUAUUGUUAAAACCAUAUAUUUUACUACUCUACUGUAAACAUGUAUACAAAUGUAUGUUCUGACAGAAAAUAAUACAGGCUUUGAAAUGUUCCCUCAGCCUCCGUGCUCCCCCCAGGACAGUAAGGGUUUACAGAGGGAAGAAGAGUUUUGGGUUCACCCUGAGGGGCCAUGCCCCUGUCUGUAUCGAUUCUGUCAUCCCAGGUAAGUUAUGACGACCUGCUGAUUACACUUCUCUAUGUGGUGUGUUGGCUGGAUGAUGUUAUAUGUUUUAUGUUGGGUAACACCGUAUUGUACUGGGCUGGUAUCAGGUGGGUGUUGUUGGGUGUUGGGGAUGCUGUAGUCAGUAGUGGGUGUUAGGUGUUUGGGAUGCUGUUGUCAGUAGUGGGGGUUGAUAGGUGUCGAGGAUGCUGUGAUCAGUAGUGGGGGUUGUUAGGUGUUUGGGAUGCUGUGAUCAGUAGUGGAGGUUGUUAGGUGUUUGGGAUGCUGUGGUCAUUAGUGGAGGUUGUUAGGUGUUUGGGAUGCUGUGAUCAGUAGUGGAGGUUGUUAGGUGUUUGGGAUGCAGUGAUCAGUAGUGGAGGUUGUUAGGUGUUUGGGAUGCUGUGAUCAGUAGUGGAGGUUGUUAGGUGUUGGGGAUGCUGUGAUCAGUAGUGGAGGUUGUUAGGUGUUUGGGAUGCUGUGAUCAGUAGUGGAGGUAGUUAGGUGUUUGGGAUGCAGUGAUCAGUAGUGGAGGUUGUUAGGUGUUUGGGAUGCAGUGGUCAGUAGUGGAGGUUGUUAGGUGUUUGGGAUGCUGUGAUCAGUAGUGGAGGUUGUUAGGUGUUUGGGAUGCUGUGAUCAGUAGUGGAGGUUGUUAGGUGUUGGGAUGCGUGAUCAGUAGUGGAGGUUGUUAGGUGUUUGGGAUGCUGUGAUCAGUAGUGGAGGUUGUUAGGUGUUUGGGAUGCAGUGAUCAGUAGUGGAGGUUGUUAGGUGUUUGGGAUGCAGUGGUCAGUAGUGGAGGUUGUUAGGUGUUUGGGAUGCAGUGGUCAGUAGUGGAGGUUGUUAGGUGUUUGGGAUGCUCUGAUCAGUAGUGGAGGUUGUUAGGUGUUUGGGAUGCUGUGAUCAGUAGUGGAGGUUGUUAGGUGUUGGGGAUGCUGUGAUCAGUAGUGGAGGUUGUUAGGUGUUUGGGAUGCAGUGGUCAGUAGUGGAGGUUGUUAGGUGUUUGGGAUGCUGUGAUCAGUAGUGGAGGUUGUUAGGUGUUUGGGAUGCUGUUGUCAGUAGUGGAGGUUGUUAGGUGUUUGGGAUGCUGUGAUCAGUAGUGGAGGUUGUUAGGUGUUGGGGAUGCUGUGGUCAGUAGUGGAGGUUGUUAGGUGUUGGGGAUGCUGUGAUCAGUAGUGGAGGUUGUUAGGUGUUGGGGAUGCUGUGAUCAGUAGUGGAGGUUGUUAGGUGUUGGGGAUGCUGUGGUCAGUAGUGGAGGUUGUUAGGUGUUGGGGAUGCUGUGAUCAGUAGUGGAGGUUAUUAGGUGUUGGGGAUGCUGUGGUCAGUAGUUGGGGUUGUUGUUGGGGUGAUCUGAUCUAGAGGGGUGUUAACCUGAAUAUACAGUAUGUGUCAGGAGGUGGAGGCGUGUCUCUGAGUCACUAACUAAUCAAAUCAAAUUGUAUUUGUUACGUACACAGUUUCCAACAUCCAUCCACUGUACAAUAAGACAGACAGUACAGUCAUGCUGGGUGAUGCUUUUAUUGUUGUUUUUGUUUGUUUAAGGGCCGUUUAAGGGGAUAAGGGAAGUGGUCAGGGAUUUUAAAGAGACUGGGAUAAGAGGAGGAUGAAUACAUGGAUGGAUGUGGAUGUUGCUGUGUGCUGUGAUGGAGAGAUGUUCUGCUGUAAAUGCAGAGGUUGGGGCAGCAGGUAGUCUAGUGGUUAAGAGCAUUGGGCCAGUAACCGAAAGGUCGCUGGUUUGACUCCCCAAGCUGACUAGUUUAAAAAUCUGUUGAUGUGCCCUUGAGCAAGGCACUUAACUCCAAUUGCUCCUUUAAGUUGCUCUGGAUAAGUGUCUGCUAAAUGACUAAAAUGUCAAAUUUUGUACCAGAGUAUAAUAAUAUGGGGUUUACCGGAUGCUCAUCUUUGUCAGGGCUGAGGCGGGGGAGGAGUGAGUGAGUGUGUGUGUAUGAUGCCGUCCACCCGCUACAGAUCUGAGCAGAGGCCAGCAGUAAGUUACUCACUGACUCAGUGGGCUAGGCCUUAUGAGGACGGCUGUAGAUGGAGAUGCUGUGGGUGGAUGAGAUAAGAUCGUGAUGUACAGGCAUCCAUAAGAACACACUGUCUCAUGUCAGAGAGCCUGCAUGGCCAUGUGGUACUGUACACCUACUUGAAGAAUGAUAGAUAAUAUUAUGCUAAAUUGGUUCCUAAAGGGCUACCGGCAUAACCCAAGACAACACAUGGUACAUAAAAACAACAUCAGUCAAAUAUUACAUACUGAUUUGAUUAAUGAGGCUUUUAUAAAUGUUCUGUUUUGCAUAUCAUCAUGGAUUGUUAUGUGUCUUCCCUCCUUUUCUCUCUGACUCUCAUCCCCCUGUCUCUCUUCAGACAGCCCUGCUGAAGACUGUGGUCUCAAACCAGGCGACCGCAUCCUUUUCCUCAAUGGGCUGGACAUGAGGUACAGAGACCUGUUAUGACCUUACCUUAUGAUGCUCACAGGAGAGUGAGUCAACCUGAUAAGUGGGCUGGUGUGUGUCUGUGUGCACGCACAUGCGUGGAUGUGUGUGUGGAAUGGUAUUUGAGAAAAUGAUUGUGGGAAGUCCUUUUACGCCCUUUAAACUUACUUAUUAUUCCUUUUUAUUCUGAACAUGAAGAAGUGUGGGAGUGCACAUUAGAACACAGCCUGGCUGGAAUCACAUUUGCUCAGGAGGGCUCUGUCAAUAUUUCACCGCCCAUAGCACAAUAUCACCCACAGUAUCACCCACAAAUACCUCAUUAUACCACCCUAGAAACCAUGUAAACCAGGGGUCACAUGGGUGAGUAGUAGCGUGCAGUACUGAAUACUGUAGAUCAUAACUCUCUGUACCUUUCAGUGUCUCUAGGAGCUGGUCCAAUGACAACAGCCUUGCAAGAUCGUGUCUACGUUGAUAUUAGUACUGACAGUGACUGUGUGUGUGUGUAUGAGUCUUCAGGAACUGUUCCCAUGAGAAGGUGGUGUCCAUGCUGCAGGGCAGUGGGGCCAUUCCCACCCUGGUGGUGGAAAGCGGCCCCUCUGGUUACUCCCUCUCUGACCAGGGGGACACUUCCCCAGGCCUGUCCCCUUCCGUGGCCCCAAGGUCCCGCUCACCCAGGCCCCCUCAGCUCCCUGCAGUGGGUGGCUGAGAUCCUCCCCCCCAGCAUCAAGGUCCACGGACGCACCUUUAGCCAGCAGCUGGAUCACCUGCUCACCGUACAGGAGAGAUACACCAUCUGCAAGCCCUGGAGACCUUCUUCCAACACAGUUGAGAGAGAGAGAUAGAGAGAGAGAGAGAGAGAGAUAGAGCGAGAGAGAGAGAGAGAUAGGAGAAGAGAGAGAUGAGAUAGAGAGAGCUCGCGAGACGCUAGCUAAGCAGAUAGAUAUAGAUGUCUCGCUAGUCUCUGACGAGAUCGUUAUCUAGAUCUAUCAUCGCGAGCUAUCUCUAUCAAUCUGAUCUCUAAGGCUCUCUCUCUCUCUUCUCUUCUCUCUCGCUCUAGCUCUCCGAAUCUAUUUUCAAAUGUCAGGAAUGAUGAUUUAUUCGUUUGAAAUGCCUCACACAUCAAUAGUAAAUAUUACAUACAUUUUAUGUUGACCUACCCUAAAAGAGAAACUCCUCUCAUAAUCUGACAGUUCCCUGCCAAAUAACAUCCUACCCCUCAAUAAUCUGCUUGAAUCCUAAUAUGGUUCAUUACAUCUUAUUACAUGCACUAAAUGUAAAUUCUAUAAUUCUAUACAUUAUAUAAUGGUAAACUUGUCUAAUCUAAAGCAAUACAUGUUAUUUUACAGAGUACAGAAUCAAAGAGUCACCAAGACAAAUUCCCUAUCAACGUUACUGAAUAGCAAUAAACCUUUUCGAAAGUAGGAUUUUCUUUUGAUACUUUUAUUUUAGCAUGUCUGAGAAAGUAAACUUGCACACGUUAACAAGCUACCAGGUGCAUGGGGAAAAAAGUAUUCUUAAUAAUAAAAAGAAGAAAAACUCCAGCACACCGGUAGGAGUUGAGUUGUACCUCAGAUAAUGAGUUGUACCUCCUGAUGAAACAUUGGUUAAAAUAUCUAUUAAAUUAAUAAAAAAUGAAGAUUACCAGUGUGCUUGAGUUUUUAUGUAUUUUUAUUUUAGCAUGUUUUAAAAUACUUUUAUUGUAGCAACAAAAAAGUCAGAUUUUGAUUAUUUGUCUGAGCUGUUCAGAAGUAUCUAAAAUGGUGACUUUGUCAUUGUAAAUGUUCAGGAACGUGGACACCCUGAUUGUUGAUGUGUUCCCGGUGUUGGACACUCCAGCCAAACAGGUGAUCUGGCAGUUCAUCUACCAGCUGCUGACCUACGAGGAGCAGGAACACUGUCAGAGCAAGAUCUCACGCUUCCUGGGCUUCAAGACCGCAGGUGGGUUAGCCAUUAGCCACAUCUCUCUGCCUGCUUGGUUGGGUCUGUUGCGUGUGAGUGAGUUGAGUUAGAAGUGGGGUCUCUGUUUGGUUAUGCUCUCACCGGUUUAGAUUUUUAUAAAAUGUUUUGUCUUUCAUAGUGGAAGAUUGCUUUGCAUCUUUACAGGCAAGGCUUGGCAGAGGCAAAAACUUAGACAGCUAGAUAUUACAAUGAAAAUAGCUGAUGACUAGAGAAUAUAUUUAUUGUUCAGUGUGGUGGGAUGUUCUUAGAUAUUUCCUCAUGUCAUUCUAAUUAAUUAUAAUUCUUCUCUCUCUUUCUCUGUGUGUUUGUGUGUGUGUACAUUAGCAGAGCCUGAGCCAGAGCCAGGUGCAGGACAGGAGCACCACAGGAGGAGCAGCUCAGUGCGUGUGUCAGGUACCUCCUACAGAGGCCCCGUACGGGAGAGGAGCUCUGACGACUGCAUCAUCGGAACACACCUGGGAAUGGGUACGAAUGUGAUCAGCUCAGCAACUCUUUGUCCUUAUCCUUGAUUGGAAGGGUUUCCUCUCAACCAGCCACUCCAGGGCUGAGGGUUGACUUGCUGCUUCUAACAGGGAAUAUCUAUCCAAGCCUAGUAUUGCAUUAAGCCCAUCUCUAGUCUCAUAGGGCCAAAUCCUAACUUGAGAAAUGCCUACAGUAACUUGGAAUUUAGCAUAAACCACACAUUGACGCCAAUGGGAGAUUUGCGCAGAAAUUCAAAUUACAGGUGUACUGUGUAGUGUACAGUAAAUCUCAAGUUAGUAUCUAGCCCACAGUUGUCAAAAUGCACUAGGUCUCUGUUGCUUCUCCAUGCUGUUAAGUACAUUAUGAUGCAUCCUGCUGUCUCCUGCUGUCUCCCCUCCUCUCUGGGCUUGAGAGGAGGUGGAUCCUCAUGACAGUUUGUCCCUGUCCUUCAUGUGGACGCAGGGAUUCAUGUGGAUGCACCAGGGAGUGGUAUUGGGACACCUGGUGAGAGACAGUGUGGAGACGGCACCUCCUUCCCAGAGUCCCCUGACCUGAAUCACGUGGGUAUAAAACUGCAACACAAUGGUCAGCCAUGCAGAGCCAGUGGUGCUAAUUAUGUGUGUACACCAGAGCCAUCUAUUUAUUUAUAAAGAUAAAUACCUACAUGUCUCUGCUGUACUCCAAUGCUUUUACCAGUGCUUUUGGAAACACUUUAUCUGGACGUCUGCUCAUGAACAGUCUGUAAAUAGUAUUACAUAGUUACAGUAUGUUAACAUUUUAAAAAAGACAAAUAUGACGCAUGUUGUUUAGGAUUUUUACUCAAGGUUAACAAACUAUCUAGUAAUGAUUCAUAAAGAGUUUAUAAGCAGACCUUGUGAUAAACCGUUCCCAGUGCUUUGUGCUAAUGUCCUGCUCACACCCCCUACGACCCCUAGAUGGCAGGAGUGUACACAGAGCUGGAGAGUGUGUACACAGGGAAGAGUGCCAUGAAGGCCAUGCAACAGAGUCACAGUCGUUGCUCUCCACUGACCCUACCAGACUUUCAGGAGCUGGGACAGACUGACGCCUAUGGCCAGUCUCCUGCUCGCUCCUCCCUCAGUCAAGGUAGCACAGGUAACACAGACACACACACACCCACUCACACACACCAUUGACAUGGCAACCACUUGAAGCCAAUGGUCAGCAUAUCAUAAUGGUUACAACAACAUCGCCAUUAACGUUGUCACUCAUGCUCGCUUUAAGGAUGACAAAUAAGAUCAUUUAAGAUGGAACCCAUGUGGUUUAAAGAGACUUCUUUAGAGUAAAUUGAACAAACAGCUGCCACAUGUGGGUCAAGUUUUAUUUAAACCAAAUAAAACGCUGAGUCACAAAGUCCUCUGUUAGACAUCUUUGAAAUAAUGCAGCGUUUCUUCUCCCCCCACAGGGAACCGUAAAUCAGGUCUGUCUCUGACAUGGAAGGAGCCUCUGCCUGACCCUCUGUAUGAGUUCUAUCAUGAGGGAACCAUCCCGUCUCCCGGCAGCGCUGACUCCAACCCUUACGUGAGCCUGGAGAGCCCCCCUCCGUCUCCCCAGCACUCUGACGACCCCACCAGCCCCCUGUCCAGACGCAGGAAGCUCUUUACCUUCUCCAGACCGCCCCGGAGCAGGGACACAGACAGGUUCCUGGACGCUCUGAGUGAACAGCUGGGACACCGUGUCACUCUGGUGGACAACUUCCUCCCUGGAGAGAACGACUAUGAGGAGGUGAGAGACAGAGACAGUAUAUGAAGAGAUGGUCACUAUGAGGAGGCGAGAGACCGAGACAAUAUAUGAAGAGAUAGUCACUAUGAGGAGGUGAGAGAGCCAGAGUCACAAUUAGACAAUGUGAGCCCCAAGAGACUCCUGGAGAAUUGGUGUGAAAUGUUAAUGAUACCAGAUCAAAUUCGCCAACAGGCCAUCCGUGCCUACAGUAGUGUCAUUGUGUGAAGAAACUGUUAUGUACAACAAAUUAUUAGAGAAUCUACAGUGUAGUAAAUACAAUGUUUAUGAAUAGGAUACAGACGGUACAGUAUGUGAAGUUGUUAUUGUGUCAACAGAUACAGUAUUUAUGGAGUUGGAAAAGAUUACAUACAUUAUCGCCGUACAAUAAAAGUUGAUUAUAAGGUUUGUGCAGACUAUUCAGGAUGCAUACCGUGAUAAAGUGACCAUCAGAUUAUACAGUAUGUGUGCGUCUGAUUGUAAGGUUUCUGAACACUGUAUAAGGUUAUAAGAUGUAAAUCAGAUGACAUGGUGUGUCUGAUUAUAAAGUGUGAGAUUGAUGAUUAUCUGCUGUGUCCAGAUGAGUUUCCAGGAUGAGCAGGAAGUGAGCUACCUCCCCCGCCAGCUGAGCAGUGCCAGCAGUGAGGACCUCAGCAGCAACGAUGACGCCACCUCCCUCACCUACUCCUCCGGCUCCGAACACAUCCCCAUCCCCCCGCCCCCCCAGAGCGCCCCGCCGCCUCCGCCCUUCCCCACCCCCCUACCUCCGCCACCAUUCGGCUUCUCCGACCCCCUCCCCAUUACCCCGGUCCUCUCUCACUUUUCCCCCGAACAUAUCCCCCGGGCGCGCAUGGCCUUCCAGCCGCAGCACCCAAUCAUCCCCCCUCCCCCGCCCGCUCCACGGGCCUUCACGUACAACAGACCGACCAUACACAAGGUGCUGCCGACCAAGGAUGAGCUACAGGGCCGUUUCCACCACCAAGCGACCCAGAUGACUCUCCCACUGGCCCCUUGCUACUCUCCCCAGCCCUCUCGCCCCAGGAACCUGCCCCGCCAGACCAGCCAGCCUCAGCCCCUGACCCAGCCCAUCCUGUGUCCCCAGCCCUCCCCUCAGCUCAACAGGCAAAGCCAGCUCGCCCUCCAGAGGCACCACCAGCUUCACCACCAACCCUACCAGCCCCAGCUGAGCCACAGCCUGCCCCCCCAGGCCCCUCACCUGUCCCAGCCCCAGAGUUACCCUCCCCAGCCCCCUCACUCACAGACCUACGAGACCCCCAUCUCAGUGUCAGAACUCCAGAAACACAAGGUGCCCCCACCGCCCCCUCCACCACUGCCGCCCCCCUGCGACCCGCCUCCACUGCCCAAUUCCAGUCCCUGUGCUGGGGACACCAACCACAUGAGUGUCAAGAGGCUACGUUGGGAGCAGGUGGAGAACUCUGAGGGGACCAUCUGGGGACAGGUACAUGUGGAGUCUAUUAUACUACCCCGGGAACCUGGAAUCAGUACUGUUUGUUGUUGUUGUUAUUGUUGUUUUUGUUGUGUUAAGAAAUGUAUUGACAGAUACUUUGUCUGACUUAGCUUGGAGAGGACCCUGACUAUGACAAGCUGAGUGACAUGGUGAAGUAUCUCGAUCUAGAGCUGCACUUUGGUACCCAACAGAGUUCCAGUAAGUUCUUUAUUAUGACCUCUUUUCAUCAAACAUCUCAUAGUGUCCACCUCUAUGAUAGCAUAUUUUUUUAUAUUGUCCUUCUACCGUCAUUGUCUCUGAUUUGAUAUUUAUUUAUUUUAACAGGGAGUCCCAUUGAGACUAAGGUCUCUUUUGCAAGGGAGUCCUGCAUAUAUAAUGCAAUAUAAUGAUUUUAUAUCAUUGCUGUGUAAGAGUACAUCACAUUCAUUAAUUCAACAUGGCUUGUUUUGUGUUUCAUUGUAUUGCUGAUAUUCCAUGUUGUUCUUAUGCCUUCACAGCUCACCAAGUUGUCCCAUGGUCUACUAAACUCCUCCAUUCACCUGCUCAUCAAAUCCAUUCUCCAUACGGCACCACCUCCCAUCCCAUCCCUCCCUCUCUUCUCUCAUUACCCAUCCAUCUUUAGUGCCUGUUAGUGUUUCCAACCCUGGUGCCUGGAGAGCAGCAUCCUUACACUGUGAUUAAAUGUGUCAGUCUCUCUUCCAGAGCCAGUCUUCCUGCCCGAGAGCUUUAAAAAGAAAGACGUGGUAGAGAUUCUGUCUUAUAAGAAGGCCUACAACGCCUGUGAGUAUGACCAUGCCGUAGCCCCCAGGGAUCUGAACCUUUAUCUCAAUGAUCUGAACUUACCCUCUAGGGCCAGGUGGCUCAAACACGGGUUUUUACAGAAGCAAUUGAAUGGUGUUGUUGUUGUUUUUGAUCAAUGAAGGUCUGUAUUUAUUGUCAAUGACUGUUUUGUACUGUGUUUUCUGUGAACCCCAGGAAGAGUAUCAGUUGCUAAUGUAACAGAUCCAAAUAAACCUUGUCUCCUCCAUCCCUCCAUUCCAUUCCUCCUCUCCCCAGCCAUCCUGAUCGCCCACCUGAAGCUGUCUCCAGGUGAGCUGCGCAAGGUACUGAUGACAAUGACCACAGACAGGCUAGAGCCAGCCCACAUCAAGCAGCUGCUGCUCUACGCCCCCGAUGACCAGGAGGUCAAACAGUACCAACGCUUCGACCAGGACUCCGCCAAACUCAGCGACCCUGACCAGUUUGUCCUGCAGGUAACUGAGACACUGUUGUGUCAAUGUGUCCCAAAUGGUGGGUCGGGAGCCACUGGUGGUUUCAGCCAAUGACAUUGUCUAUAUUGGCCCAGUCAAUCCCUCUAGGCCAGGAGUGUUCAACUCUUAUCCUACGAUGUCCAGAGACUGCUGGCUUUCUGUUCUAUCUGAUAAUUAACUGGUGUGCCAGGUGAACUGGCUUAGAGGUCCAGAGUUGAGUUUGAGGGCUCUAGGCUGUGGCUAGAAUGUUAAAAAAUAUAUAUUUCAGUAUUUUACUGUAUAAAAUAGUAGUAGUUUACUACAGUAGUAUGCUACUAUACUAGCAAUAGUAACAAUAUUUUUCAAGUUCAUAAUCUGUGUGUGCCCAGAUGCUGAUGGUCCCUGAGUAUAAGACUCGUCUGCGGAGCCUCCAUUUUAAGACGACCCUGCAGGAGAAGACAGAGGAGAUGAAGGCUGGAUACGAAUGUAUCUACAAGGCCUCAGUGGAACUCAGGAGCAGCAAGAAACUGGCCAAGAUCCUCGAGGUAAUAAAACUACUGUAACUCGCUCGAUGAGAGUGGAAUAUAGUAGCUUAAUGAUUGAGAAAUGGCAAACAACUAUCUUGUUUAUUUCAUAUUAUUUAUGGUACUGUGCUGUCAAAAUCUAAGGUUAUUAAAGAACCAGGAUGAUUUAAGACCAAAGAACCAAGAUGAUUCAGUUAAGAAUUGCAAUUUUGAAGAUUUGUCUGUCUGUAAAAUCAUAUAGGAUAAGGUAAUAAGAAACAGACUCAGAGGUACGCAUAAUGUUUUUUAUCAUGUCCUGUGGUCCUCUGGUCCUAUCAUGUAUCGUGGUCCUCUGUAGCUCAGCUGGUAGAGCACGGCGCUUGUAACGCCAAGGUAGUGGGUUCGAUCCCCGGGACCACCCAUACACAAAAAAAAUGUAUGCACGCAUGACUGUAAGUCGCUUUGGAUAAAGGCGUCUGCUAAAUGGCAUAUUAUUAUUAUUAUGUCGUGUUACCUGUAAACUGUUUCUAAACCUCUGUUUCUGUCGACAGUUUGUGCUGGCAAUGGGGAAUUACCUGAAUAAUGGUCAACCCAAGACAAACAAAACCACUGGCUUUAAGAUAAACUUUCUCACUGAGGUAUGGAUGGAUGUUCAUGCUCUCACAGACUGUGAUUUAACCUCAUUUGCCUCUAUAGCAGUGGUUCUCAAACCUCUCCUCUGGGAAACCCAGACGUUUCUCAAUUUUGUUGUAGCCCUGAACUAACUCACCUGAUUCACCUAGUCAAGGGCUUGAGGAUUAGUUGACAAUUUGUAUCAGGUGUGCUAGCUGUGGAAUAGUUAAACUACAUGGAACGAGAGGUUUGUAUCAGGUGUGCUAGCUGUGGAAUAGUUAAACUACAUGGAACGAGAGGUUUGUAUCAGGUGUGCUAGCUGUGGAAUAGUUAAACUACAUGGAACGAGAGGUUUGUAUCAGGUGUGCUAGCUGUGGAAUAGUUAAACUACAUGGAACGAGAGGUUUGUAUCAGGUGUGCUAGCUGUGGAAUAGUUAAAAUACAUUGAACGACUUGGGGUCCCCGAGGAGAGGUUUGAUAACCCCUUGUGUUAUCUUUGCCUUGGAGUUGACCUCUUUCUAAUGCCAAAUCCUAUCGCACCUUCCUUCUUACAGCUCAGCACCACUAAAACAGUGGAUGGUAAAUCCACCUUCCUCCACAUUCUUGCCAAAUCGCUAUGCCAACACUUCCCGGAACUGCUGAACUUUGCCAGGGACCUUACAACCGUGCCACUCGCAGCCAAAGGUACAGUAAGACGAUACCCCACAAUGUUCUUUACCUGGCUCUGUCCUUCAGCUGGACUCUGAGGUUCACUUUUUUUAUUGAAAUUUCUCUGCAGUGAAUCAGCGAGUCCUGACAGCUGAGCUGGGUGACCUCCACUCCACCAUCCAGGACAUCAGGACAGCCUGUCAGAUGAUCCCUGCCACGGCUGAGGACCACUUCGCUGCCGUCAUGAGUGUAUCUUUUUAUCAACAACAACAAAGCCCUUCACAACAGAACAUGUCACACGCACAUAUAAUCAUAGUACACAGUAUAGUUAGCGUGUGCUACACAGUAACACACUGUAGUAAUUAGUAGUAAGUAAUUACACUGUAAUUGUAUAUAAUUACACCAUAAAUAACAAUAGUCAGGAUAUUACUAGUCAGAAUGUUUCACUGUGCUUCAAAUGGUCUGACAGUUUGACGGUUUUACCCUUGAUCCUGGAGAUAAAGGGCUUCCUGGAGAACAGUCACCCAGCGGUUCAGUCUCUGGACUCUCUGCAGCUGAGAGCCAUGGACGAGUUCACUAAGGUGGCCUCUUACUUCGGCGAGGACAGCAAGGCCACCUCCACAGAGGCCUUUUUCGCAAUUUUCGCUGAGUUUACUUCCAAGUUUGAGGUGAGCCGGUAGCCAUAGUGAUGCCCUUGAUACAGUGAGGGAAAAAUGUAUUUGAUCCCCUGCUGAUUUUGUACGUUUGCCCACUGACAAAGAUAUGAUCAGUCAGGUUUAUUUGAACAGUGAGAGACAGAAUAACAACAAAAAAAUCCAGAAAAACGCAUGUCAAAAAUGUUAUAAAUUGAUUUGCAUUUUAAUGAGGGAAAUAAGUAUUUGAACCCUCUGCAAAACAUGACUUAGUACUUGGUGGCAAAACCCUUGUUGGCAAUCACAGAGGUCAGACGUUUCUUGUAGUUGGCCACCAGGUUUGCACACAUCUCAGGAAGGAUUUUGUCCCACUCCUCUUUGCAGAUCUUCUCCAAGUCAUUAAGGUUUCGAGGUUGACGUUUGGCAACUCGAACCUUCAGCUCCCUCCACAGAUUUUCUAUGGGAUUAAGGUCUGGAGACUGGCUAGGCCACUCCAGGACCUUAAUGUGUUUCUUCUUGAGACACUCCUUUGUUGCCUUGGUCGUGUGUUUUGGGUCAUUGUCAUGCUGGAAUACCCAUCCACGACCCAUUUUCAAUGCCCUGGCUGAGGGAAGGAGGUUCUCACCCAAGAUUUGACGGUACAUGGCCCCGUCCAUCGUCCCUUUGAUGCGGUGAAGUUGUCCUGUCCCCUUAGCAGAAAAACACCCCCAAAGCAUAAUGUUUCCACCUCCAUGUUUGACGGUGGGGAUGGUGUUCUUGGGGUUAUAGGCGGCAUUCCUCCUCCUCCAAACACGGCGAGUUGAGUUGAUGCCAAAGAGCUCGAUUUUGGUCUCAUCUGACCACAACACUUUCACCCAGUUCUCCUCUGAAUCAUUCAGAUGUUCAUUGGCAAACUUCAGACGGGCCUAUAUAUGUGCUUUCUUGAGCAGGGGGACCUUGGAUUUCAGUCCUUCACGGCGUAGUGUGUUACCAAUUGUUUUCUUGGUGACUAUGGUCCCAGCUGCCUUGAGAUCAUUGACAAGAUCCUCCCGUGUAGUUCUGGGCUGAUUCCUCACCGUUCUCAUGAUCAUUGCAACUCCACGAGGUGAGAUCUUGCAUGGAGCCCCAGGCCGAGGGAGAUUGACAGUUCUUUUGUGUUUCUUCCAUUUGCGAAUAAUCGCACCAAUUGUCACCUUCUCACCAAGCUGCUUGGCGAUGGUCUUGUAGCCCAUUCCAGCCUUGUGUAGGUCUACAAUCUUGUCCCUGACAUCCUUGGAGAGCUCUUUGGUCUUGGCCAUGGUGGAGAGUUUGGAAUCUGAUUGAUUGAUUGCUUCUGUGGACAGGUGUCUUUUAUACAGGUAACAAGCUGAGAUUUGCCCAUACACAAAAAUGUAUGCACGCAUGACUGUAAGUCGCUUUGGAUAAAAGCGUCUGCUAAAUGGCAUAUUAUUAUUAUUAUUAUUAUUAGGAGCACUCCCUUUAAGAGUGUGCUCCUAAUCUCAGCUCGUUACCUGUAUAAAAGACUCCUGGGAGCCAGAAAUCUUUCUGAUUGAGAGGGGGUCAAAUACUUAUUUCCCUCAUUAAAAUGCAAAUCAAUUUAUAACAUUUUUGACAUGCGUUUUUCUGGAUUUUUUUGUUGUUAUUUUGUCUCUCACUGUUCAAAUAAACCUACCAUUAAAAUUAUAGACAGAUAAUUUCUUUGUCAGUGGGCAAACGUACAAAAUCAGCAGGGGAUCAAAUACUUUUUUCCCUCACUGUAGGUGUCUGACCGUACAAUUUGACAGCAUUCAAGUGCAUCUGUGACUUAUGUAUAAUGAUGAUUGGGUCAUGUUUUCCAGAGAGCACUGAAUGAGACCCAGGCCACAGAGAACCCCUGCAGCCCCAGAGUGGCCUCUCCCCUGGCCUGGUAG